AUGGAUGGAUUCGAUGCAGAUGGUAACACUUAUACUGGUCUGACAAAGGCACAGUUGAUAUCAGGCGAUGCUGGUUUUGAUAGUGAUGAUGCAAUGGUUGCAGCAGGGGGUCGCAAAAGGCCAGAUACCACGGGAGCUUCUUCUUCCACUGAUAUUGCCGACCCCACCGAAUCUGGAGACUGGGAAAACUAUUGGCCCAGUUUCAAUGGUAAGAAGCUUCUAUUCAAAAAGGAGGGCAUCACGAGGGCCGGAAACGGCAAGAUCAUCGACAAGGCAUGGUAUCACAUGUCUAAUAGACCAGCGCCCACUGUCACGGAAACUCAGACUCAAUUCGCGUUUACGCAAGUCUAUGUCACAUCCAGUGUAGAGCCAACUGACAACUAUUGGUGCGACGGAGGAUGGAUUCAAAUAACUAAGGAUGGGGAUCUCAUGGAUGACGACUGGGUUGUUGCCUACAUAACUGGCUAUCUUUCUCUCAUUUCACCAAAUGUCGAUGAUGUUGACACCUAUGACUGGUGCGUGAAUACCAAUGACAAAAAUAACACGGGAGCGUGUGCUCGACAGUACGCUAAAAGCCAUUCCGAGGCAGAUCUUGAUGCGGCAUUCGCGGUGGCCAGCAAUGACCACACCUCCACAAUUAUCUUACACGUGUGUAGUUUACCUUGUUUGGACGCUAUGUGUGUCGCUACUCAGGAGAACUACGCUUUCUUGCAGCCACUGCGCUUGCACGAGAUCUCGUUCACCAAAUCGUCAUCAGGAUAUCGUAAUAUAUCGACACCUUGCCUGAACGGCGAGGGUAUUUACUCACCAGCAGGUAGCAGCGGUAGAAAAACCUUUGGAUUUUGCCCACAAGGACAGAGGUGCGAUACCAUCAACCCUGGGACUGACAUGUGUCAAUGUGAAGCCUGUCCCCCGGGCCUCACCAACUGCCUGGAGUCCACGUGCGUAGCAUCCCAGACGGCUAAUGAUACUGCUACCGCGCCCGUGUGGGAGCCUACUUUCAGAUGCGCCACUGGUGCCUGUGAGCAAGGGUUUUACCAGGAUAAGACCACUGGCCAAUGUACAUCAUGUUCCUUUGUGAGCGGAUGUACAGAGGCGGUGUGCACAAGCUCGUUCGAUACACAGUGUGCCUACGGUGGUUGCAUCGGCGGUUGCUUCAACACUGCCCCCCCCGGUGGAAGCGGGAUGUGUACCUGUGAUAGCCUGACUUGCAGCGGACAAACAGCACUUCCUACUACUGAUAUUGAUGCCAACUGCGGAACAUUCUGCGUUGACGAUCAAGGUGUCCUUAUCCGCGAAGUCAUGGGAGGUGAAGACCUGACACAGUGCACAGAGAU